UAUCUUGUUCAGAGUUGACUGCAUUUUUUGCGUGAAUUCACACGUGUCGUUCUUAAAUGGUUGUCGAAGCACUCGAGUCAUGGAUAGAGAUUUGCAACGAUGCCUGGACUUACUAAAGGAGAACGACGACCGUGUGCGAGAUGAUGCAGAAAGUGCAUUGUUAACUGUCUGUCAGAAUAUCUUAUCGCAUCCGAAUGACAAGCAAUAUCGGGAAGUGCAUCUCGACAAUCCUGUUAUUGAAAAAUUGCUACCCGCUGCUGGAGCUAUGGAAUGUCUAUUCGAUAUUGGUUUCGUUGAGGUUUCUGAUUCCCUUGUCCUACCACAAGAAGCACCUCUCUCAAAGUUACAAACCCUCCAAAGCUUGCUUUCCAAGAAGCCUUCCGCUAAAAAAAAUGUUGUGAAUACGUCAGCAGCCUACAACUUGUUGCCCAAAACAUCAAAUCUGAAAGAAAGAGCAUUCUUGACAGAAAUUAUACACUCUUUUCACAAUGUUAUGCAGUAUGAGGACCCUAGUCUGCAAGAGAAAGCAAGGAGGGUGAUACCUAUUACGAGUCUUCAAAUUGCAACCAUGACUAGGAUUAGAGAAUUGCAAAAACAAGUAAAAUUGAACCAAGCCGAUCCAGACAAGGAUACAGGUAGACGAUACAAAGAGGUCGAUAUAGAUACCAGAGAUUUGUUUCUCAUGGAACUGUCUCAUUGGUUCAAGUACAAAUUCUUUACGUGGGUUGACAGUCCAAGGUGUUCGGCUUGCUUUGGUAGUUGCGAGCAUCAUUCGGUCGUACCUUCCACAGACAUUAGGUGUUCGAGGAUAGAAAUACAUAAAUGUACCAGUUGCGAUAUGUUGGUUAAAUUUCCUCGCUAUUCCGAUCCGGAACCGUUGCUAACUUUAAGACGGGGACGUUGCGGAGAAUGGGCUAACGUAUUUACGCUCAUGUGUCGAGCGUUGGGAUACGACGCGAGAUGGGUACAUGAUCAGACAGAUCACAUUUGGACAGAGGUAUGGUCGAUACACGAAAACAGAUGGAUUCACAUAGAUCCAUGCGAAGACGUUAUGGAUCGUCCAUUGAUGUACGAAAAGGGUUGGAAGAAACAGUUGACUUAUAUAAUAGCUUUCUCGAAGGACGAAGUACAGGAUGUUACCUGGCGGUACACGCGUGAUCAAGUAGGCGUAAUGAAAAGACGAAAACUCUGUUCCGAAAGUAAUUUAUUACAGCUGAUCGAGUCGCUGAACAAUCAUCGUCAAUUCUCUGCCAAUUAUAGCGCAGCUCGUAGGCAAUACGUGUUAAAACGGAAGCUCAUGGAGCUCGUGGAAUUGAUAAGCAUACCGGAGAAACAGAACUUCGUCGACAACAGAAAUUAUGGGGAGAGAUCCACCGGUUCUUACGAAUGGAGACUAGCGCGAGGGGAAGUUUCUCAAACAAAGUCGGAAAUAAACUAUUCCUGGGACGUUUCAAAGUACGGGGAAGCGUUUCAUCUGUAUUACUCAAUUGUUAAAGACACGUACAAUGUGAUAAAUAACGAUGGGAAAAUAUUAACAUCCGUGUUCGGUUGGCAAAAUGGCGUGAGUGGCAUAGAAGGUGAAGUAUUUCGUAAAGUAGAGAACGAUUGGAAAACGGUGUACUUGAGUCGUUCUCCAGAAUGCACCAGCGGUCAAAUAAAAUGGAGUUUCGUGGUAACGGAUCCAAAUUUAUGCGUUUCCACUUUUAAUUUGCAAGCUAUGGUAACGGUAUAUCACGGGGCCAAUAUAUUCUGGCAGUUGGAAGCAUUCUUCGACGAUACAGAUCAAAGUAAAUCGCAAAUCUUUCCUAUCAACGAUUGCUCCAAUUAUCGCGCGGACCAAUUAGAAGGGUCGGUGAAAUUAAUUCUCACAGCGACGGUUUCCGGUGGCCAAGGCGAUUGCGCGUGGCAACACGCUCAACUGUUUCGACAAAGUUUAAAAAACGAAGACGACCGAUCUCUGAUUGUUAAUAUCGAAAUGAAAAAUCGGUAGUCGCGAAGAGAGCGGCACAUUUACAAUAAUUAAAAUAACAAAUUCUAUUUAGAGAAACUUUUAUCCAUGAUUUGCAAAUAACGUUUCGGAUAAAGUUUUAGAUAAAAAUUUACAUACGUUAACUUCUAUCCGGAACGGAUGUGAACACUGCGAACAAUUAUUUGGAACAGACGUCGAUAUAGUAACGCAUAAAUCAAAUGUUCAAUAAUUGGUAUAGGUCAGAGUUGGGUGAAUUUUAUUCACGGAUGGGAGUCCACUCGGUGAAUUUACGAAUAAAAUUUACCUAACUUCCGGUAUAGGUGCCUUGCAAUAAUUUAUAUAGGUCUUAAAUUGCGUACAGGCCUCUCGUGUAUGUUUACAAAAUUACAGACUUAAAUGAUGUUAGAAAAAUACGAAACAUUCCAUAAUUAUUAUUUUAGGAGUGUGUACGAUAUGCUGUUUUAAGUGAUAAGACAUAUCAAGUAACAGUUAAUAAGUUAUGAAGAAAAUUAAUUGUCGAGCACUGAAAAAGAAAAUAUAUGAAUAAAAACUUGAAGG